UUGAAUUUCACGUCAUUCCAUCCAACAAUGGCAAAAUGUGUAGUUCAUUAUUAUUUGAUUGUAAUUUUAGUGACUGGUUUUUUUCAUUCGGUGAAAAGUAUUGAAGGCACCGAAUUUGAACUCCAGAAUCGUGAUGCAAAUUUUGAAGCUAUAUUCAAAUAUGCAAUGAAUACUUGCAAAAUCAAAGAGAGAGUUACGGAUUAUGAUAUCGAACAAAUUGAAAAUAACUUUCUACCAACCACAGAAACGGAAAAGUGUUUUGUUGCCUGUUGGCUUGAAAGCUUCCAUGUGAUCAGAUACAAACGAUUUUAUCGAGAUCAAUACAUAAAACUGUCUACGUAUGGUCAGGAUUUUGAUGGAACGAAAAAGAAAGUCUUACGCCAAAUUUUAUAUAGUUGUAAAAUUCAAGAUUGUCGACUUCAACGAUGCGAACUUGCCUAUCAAAUUAUGAAAUGUGUUCAUGACGGCGCAAAAAAUUUGGGUUUAGAUCCAAAAGAGCUAUGAAAUUUUCAUGUUAAACGAU